CACCAUACACAUCUCUCUCUCUCUCUCUCUCUGUAGGUUCUCAACAGUUCAGUCAGUACAGUGGCUACAGCGACACUUUUAAGUGGGUAGGGCCUCACAGAGACGGCUUUGAGAGGGAUGAGUGGCAGAGGCUACACAGGCAGAUUGUGGCCAUGGAUGCUCUCCACUUCAGACACCAGAGAGAACAGUACAACAUGAAACAGGUCACCAGGGAACUCAACAAGGCGUAUUGUGGCUUUAAGGCAGAUGACAACACUUACCCAGACUUCCUUCCUGACAUCGCCACGGGCAACUGGGGCUGCGGAGCCUUCAAUGGAGACCCCAAACUUAAAGCUCUGAUCCAGCUGAUGGCUGCAGCCAGGGCCCAUAGAGGUGUGGCCUUCUUCAUAUUCAAGAACUUCAGCUUGGAGAGAGAGCUGCAGAACAUGCACCACCUACUGGUCACACACAGAACUACAGUGGGUGAGUUAGUACACACAGAACUACAGUGGGUGAGUUAGUACACACAGAACUAA